AAAGCAUUCAUUCAUUAAAUAAAACCCACAUCCUACUCCACAUCCCUUAAGCCUUUCUUUCUCACUUCCACCGCUACUACUACUAUUCCCACCUCCUCCUACUACUCACACCUUCUUCGUUUAUGGCACUUUCUGAUUCCGUGGUGAGCAACCUCACCAUGAUCUACGUCGCCGUCAUCGCCUGCAUCAAAGCCUAUGGCUUCCUCAACGGCCGAACCUUCGGCGGCGGCUUCGUUAUAGCGGCGUCAACCACCGUGGUAGGCAUGAUCCUCGUCGCGACGUUGACGUGGGAUGUCUCGCGUAAAGCCACGUAUGCGUUCAACCGCCACACUCCACCGCAACCUCCUCAUAAUCAUAGCCACGAGAUGUGCAAGGGAGGUAUCUGCUGGCACGGCGUGGCGGUGCGAUCACCAGCUUCUCAGGUGCAUGAAAUUGAAUCAGAAUUGGCAGAAAGUUGCUGCAUCUAAAGUGAUUUUGGGUCACAGUAAUUUUCUAGAAUGUAAGCAACUAUGGGAAUAUCGUCUUCGUUUCGGAUAAUUUGCUGUUUGUUACAGACUUACAGUACUGCUAGAAGUUAUAGCACCGAUCGAGACUACAAAGCCUACUGUGUCAGCUGGCAGGUUGAAACACAACGUGUCGUUACUGUCAUACACAUUACACAAAUGUUUAGGUUCUUUCACAGUUCACUCAUCAAUAAUUUUUUUUUUAAAUGUCUUUCCGUAUAUAUAGAUUUUAGUGCUUUUAAAAUUCAUUUCCUAUUUUGGUGCCUUA